UUUUCUUGGAACCCGAGUGAAAAUGGAAAGGGAAGUUUCUGCCCUCCUUUUCUGCCUCCUGCUCCUCCCGCCUCUCUCCUCCCUCUGCGGCCUCUCGCAACAGAGGGAGAGAAUUCGCGAUGCGAAGGAACGAGAGCUGACGGAUGCGGAGUUGGAGGCGAUCGUGGAUCUCAACGACAUCGACCGGUUCGACGAAUACCUGCAGCCCAUGCUCGUCCGCAGGGUCUCGGGGUCAGCUGCCCAUGCCGCCGUCAGACAGCACAUCAUCGACUCGCUGGAAAGUCUGGGGUGGACGGUGGAGACGGACGACUUCGUGGACGCGAUCCCCGAAGUGGACGACGAGAUGCAGGGAACUCUCAACUUUUCGAACGUGAUCGGGACGUGGAAUCGGGACGGAGGGAGGAACCUCGUCCUGGGAUGCCAUUACGAGUCCAAGUACUUCUCGGCCACGAGUGGGUUCAUGGGGGCGACGGACUCUGCCGUCUCCUGUGCCAUCCUCAUCGACAUCGCUGCCUCUCUCACUCCGUUUCUUCAGGAGCAACAGAUCGAGACGGGCCUUCAGUUGAUGUUUUUCGACGGGGAAGAGGCAUUCUUGAGGUGGAGCAGCGAGGACUCUCUCUACGGAUCCCGUCACCUGGCCCAGUUGUGGCAGGACACGCCACACCCUCUCAACGACUCUUGCACCAUGCUCGAUUCCAUCGUACGUCGUCGGCAUUUUCAUGCCAUUCCCCCUCAUUUAGUAUUCCGAGGCGAGAAGAAGCUGGAUGAGGCCGGGAUCCAACGGGGGAUUUUCGUCCCGCAGGAAUUGCUGGUGGUGUUGGAUCUGUUCGGCACUGAAUUGGGCUGCUCUGGGUGCACGAGAGUCUUGAACUUCUUCGAAAUCACGAGCGAGACGUACCAGGAGAUAUCGACGGUGGAAUCCCGUCUCGAAUUUUUGGGUCUGUUGGAGCCUCAUCAGAACGACAGGACUUACUUCCAUCCCGAUCCCAUGUUCGCCGAGGGAUUCCUGGAGGAUGACCACAUUCCCUUCUGGGAAAGAGGUGUGAAGGUGAUCCACGGGAUGCCGUUUCCGUAUCCGCCGGUGUGGCACAAGGAAACGGACAACGCCGACGCGAUCCACUGGGUGACGGUGGAGAACCUGCUCCGCAUUCUGCGUGGUUUCACCGCGCAGUAUCUCGGGAUCCAGCCUCUUUCGUCUCCCGAGAGUUCUCCACCACUUUUCAAGUGAAGGCUUGUUCGUGUCAAAUACUUGAAGAUGUGAAUAUCAGUCG